AUGCCUCUCAAACACCGUCUCUUCAAGCUCUCCAAGUUCACCAGCAGCCUCCCCUCCACCUACUUCGAGACCCUCCCCCCCGAGAUCAUCCUCGAGCUCAUCCUGUCCCUUCCGAGCUUCGGCGACCUCAACGCCCUCAUCAGCGCCUCCCCCCACACCCUCCGCAUCUUCAACGCCUACACCACCACCAUCCUCAACCGCCUCUCCCGCAACAUCAUCGGGCCCGAGGCCUGGCACGACAACGUCGUCGUCCUCAUCUGCCAGCGCCACGACCUGCCCGUCGCCGAGCCCAACCGCCUCAUCAAGGACCUCACGAGCCAGUUCGCCUUCAACCGCGCCGACAUCCCGCACAUGGCGUCCAACGAGCGCGUCUACCGCGCCUGCUCAAAGCAGCUCAAGGCCGCCACCGAGUCCGCCCCCUCAUUCCUCGACGCCCCCUUCGCCUUCCGCAACAGGCCGGACGGCGCAGCGCCACUGCAGAUCUCGCUGCGCAACACGCCGGGGUGCCCGCGCGGCGGGGUGCUGCCGAGGAGGAUGUUCUACCGCGUGUGGGUGUACUGCGUGGCGACCAAGUUUGAGAAUGUCGGCUUUCCCGUCGAGUAUUUGUCGUGUGCGCAGAGGAUUGAGCUGAGGCUGGUGCAGUAUCUGAUGAAGCCGAGGGAGGUCAAGAGGAUCAUUAACUAUGAGCUCAUGGAGGGGUUUAAGGGCAGGAGGCCGCCGAGGUUGAAGAGGUUGGUGGAGGCGGUGAAGCCGCAUGCGGAGAGGGCGUGGGAGAGGGUAUUGGGGCUGCCGAGGGAGGCGGUGGAGGGGUGGGAGGAGUUUAAGGCGCUGGGGAAGAGGGGGUUGUGGCAUAUUAUCGAGAACCUUUAG